AUGGUACCAGGCCACAGUACCAUAGUGACCAGUGAAUGUCCAACUCUCCUUAAGUUUACAGACCACGUGACCAUGGUACCAGGCCACAGUACCAUAGUGACCAGUGAAUGUCCAACUCUCCUUAAGUUUACAGACCACGUGACCAUGGUACCAGGCCACAGUACCAUGGUGACCAGUGAGUGUCCAACUCUCCUUAAGUUUACAGACCACGUGACCAUGGUACCAGGCCACAGUACCAUGGUGACCAGUGAGUGUCCAACUCUCCUUAAGUUUACAGACCACGUGACCAUGAUACCAGGCCACAGUACCAUAGUGACCAGUGAAUGUCCAACUCUCCUUAAGUUUACAGACCACGUGACCAUGAUACCAGGCCACAGUACCAUGGUGACCAGUGAAUGUCCAACUCUCCUUAAGUUUACAGACCACGUGGCCAUGAUACCAGGCCACAGUACCAUGGUGACCAGUGAGUGUCCAACUUUCCUUAAGUUUACAGACCACGUGGCCAUGAUACCAGGCCACAGUACCAUGGUGACCAGUUAG